AGAAAACGAAAAGAAAAUUAUAAAUAUUUAAACAAAAUAAAAGUGGAAAUGGAAACUCUCUAACAAGCGGAAAAUAAAAGCCAAACAAUCUUUUUCUUGCUGCAAAUUAUAAUCGGCGACAUUUUAGUUUCAUAGUUGAUUCGGUUGCAGUAAGAUUGUCAAAGCGGGAAAAAAAUGAAUAUGGUACAUGACGGUGUAGCUAAAGUGAGAACUGAAUAAAGACUAAAGAUUAUCUAUAAUUUGAAAAAAAUGAAUUUUUGACAUACUUUUAAAAAUUAAGAAAAAUAUUGGGUGCGUAGCGUACUCGCAAACCAAAAAAAAAAAGAAUUAUGAAGUGUUUUUCUUUAUUUCUAUUUAAUUUUGUUUAUAAAUUUCCAAAAAUAAGCCAAUGAUUAAACAUGGAACAUGGAAAUUUGUUUGGCAUUUUGAAAUUCACAUUAUUCAAAUAAGGUCGUUGGGGAAAUAAAUGUUAUUGAACAGAAAUGGUUGUAAUGAAUGAUUUUUCUUUUAACGAAACAAUCCCGCAGUGAUGGUAAAUUGAAUGUAAUCGGUCGGCUGAUGCUUCAUUUUUAUAAUUUUUUGAGAUGAGUCUUAUCAUAGUUGCGUCCGAAGUAGGUUUUUUUUUGUGUGGCGAAAAAUAAUUUUAAUUUUGUGUGCGUUUUAUGAAGUGCAUUGUUUUUCAAAAUCAAAAAUAUUUUGAUGUGCUUUGGUGUGUCUUGAAAAAUUUAUUUGCCUGAAUCUUUAAUAUUGGGUACAGUCGCGAUAAAAACAAAAAUCUUGUGCUGCUAAUCAGUUUUGAGUGUCUUUUGCGCAAACCAAAGUGAAAAAGGUUUAUCGAGGACUCAAACAACUUCAAAAAUGUCAGACAAAUUGAUUCAACUGAUUUUCGGUAUUUUAGCAAUUUCUUCUUCGGCACAAUCUUUUCGAAAUAUGCCAGAAGGGUUUGAACGUGAAUCAUGUAACAAAAUGGGAUUGAUUCAACCGAUUACUGAAUAUCGACAGAGACUUCAAGCUGUACGCGAGCAAAUGUUGAUACGAGCCUCAUUACAGGGACCUGAAAUUGAUGCCUAUAUACUUACUUCUUAUGACGAACAUCUUAAUGAAGAAGUCGCUGUACGGGAUCAAAGACUGAAGUAUCUCACGGGCUUUACAGGACGAAAUGCAUUUGUUGUAAUAACACAUAAAGGGGCUGCUUUAUGGACAGAAAACCGUUAUUUACAACAAGCUGACGGUGAAUUAGAUUGUAAUUGGAAAAUAUAUCCAUUAAAUGAAACAUUUCAAAUCGCUGAUUGGCUAGUGUUUUAUUUGGAACCAGACAUGCGAAUUGGAGCUGAUCCCCAUUUGGUGCCACAUAAUUUGUGGUUAAAAUGGGAAAGAGAAUUGAUUGAUAAGUUUUUCACUUUAGUAAAAGUAAACAAUAAUUUGGUAGAUCUUAUUUGGGGAUGGGAUCGUCCGCCUUCGCAAAACAUAAGCAUAAAUAUUCAAGACUUAAGAUUUGCUGGUGAAAAAUGGCAAAGCAAAAUAGAAACAUUAAGAAGAAUUCUCAAGGAUCAGAUGUGUGAUGCAAUGAUUGUGACAUCACUAACAGAAAUCUCUUAUCUGUUGAACAUAAGAGGAAGGGAUAUACCCUACACACCAGUAGUAAAGGCUUAUUUGAUUGUUUCACAAGACAAAAUAAUAUUAUACACUGAUCGCGUUAAAGUCCAUCUUGGUUUAUUGUUACACUUAAAGGCUGAUUUAUGUUAUAGCACUGUUUGUGUUGAUAUAAAGGAGUAUAAUGCAAUUUGGAGUGAUAUUCGGACAUUUAACCAGAUCUGGAAAAAAGUUCUUCUUCCUGCUCCUUGUCCGCUAGAACACGGUGCUUCUCAAGCUGUGUUUACAUCAAUUCCUCAAAAUCUUAUUUACGAAAGUGUCUCACCAAUAAUAUUCAUGCGUGCUCAAAAAAACUUUGAAGAACGAUUGGGAAUGCGAGCAGCUCAUAUACGUGAUGGGGCUGCGAUGUGUGAAGCUAUGAGUAAUUUAGAGCAAAGGUUUCAUACCGAAAAAUGGACAGAAGAGAAAAUUAAGUUUGAAGUCGAACGCAGUCGCCUAUCACAGCCACAUUCCAAGGGACUAUCCUUACGCACUGUUGUUGCCUUCGGAAAACAUUCCGCUUUGCCAUUUUAUAUAUCCAGCAAUGUAACGGACAUCGAUGUCACUGAUCAGAGUACAUUAGUAAUUGAAUCUGGUGGACAAUAUUUUGAUGGUACAACAGAUGUCUCGAGAACUUUCCAUUUCGGUCAGCCAACAAAAGAACAGCGACAGGCAUAUACAAAUGUGCUAUCAGGAAUUCUGCGGUUAUCACAUUUGAAGUUCCCAGCAGAUUUGCGACCAUCGGAGAUUGAUGCUCUUUCCCGUAGUGCUGUGUGGGAUGCAAUGAGCGAUUAUCCACAUGCUACGGGUCAUGGAAUUGGAUCUCAUUUAUCUGUAGAAGAACCUCCAAUAGCUGUUUCAUAUGCGGACAAUAGUACAUUUCAUUUUAGGGAAGGAUACUAUUUUUCGAAUGAGCCCGGUUACUAUCGGCGUGGCUCGUUUGGUAUUCGUUUGGAGAACGUAUUAGAGGUUUUAGAUACCGGACGAACACACCCAUCAGGAUCAAAAUUUUUGGCUUUCAGCGAAGUAACAUUGGUGCCUUAUGAACCAAAAUUGAUUGACCGAACUAUACUCAGCGCUCAGGAAAAACGUUGGUUGAAUGAAUAUAAUGGAAAAAUUCGACAGCUUGUAGGCGAUGAGCUUAAACGACAGGGUAACAUGCAGGCGUUUUACUGGAUGAUGAAUAAGACUCGUCAUGUAAGAGAGUUCUUACCCGAAGAUGAGUACCUUGUUUCAACUAGUAGUUCUGAAGAAACUGUUACGAGAUCCUGGUUGGUGGUGAUAAGCAUAACGAUACUCAAUGAGUUUCUACGAAGGGUGUUGUGAUAUCGAAGUCCACUAGAAAAUAUUGUUUUAAGAAAAAAGAAACUUAAUAUUAAAGUUAGGAAUCACCUAGUAUAAUUUUUUAGGUUAUUAAAUGUUAUAGUUAAUUUUUAAAUGCUUAACAUAAUUUUAAGGGUAAUUUUAACCACAAGCUCUUAAACACUCACAAUGUAGAUAAUACCUUUCAAAGUAAGAAACAAAAAACGCUGUAAUUUAAAAAAUAAAAUUUGUUUCCUUAUGGAAAAAA